AAAGCCUUGCUCCGCUGCGCGCUGUCGGGCUGUCCUGCACCCCGGUCACUGUAGACUCGCGUGAGGCGUCCAGAGGGAACCGGAUCGCGCAGUAUCCCACCAGCGGGUGCUCAGGGGGAAUAACAAGAGACCUUUAUACCCUCCGUGUUUGUGCUCCUCGCGCAUCGCAGAUCUCUCGAAAGCGCUCGCGCUCCACUGUCGCGGUGAAGUUAUCAUGUAUCUGCACGCUUUGAUACGCGCGAGCCUGGGAUUUGUAGGUUUCUGCUUGGUCGCCUUUGUCCAACAGUCGGCUUCAGGAAGUAAAACCCCUCAAGACGUGGACGAGUGCGCGGAGGCGCUCGACAACUGCAGCAUCGACGCCAUCUGCCAGAACACCCUGAAGUCGUACAAGUGCAUCUGCAAGUCGGGCUACAAAGGGGACGGCAAACAUUGCGAAGAUGUCGACGAGUGUGCAUCUGAAUACAACGGCGGUUGCGUCCACGAGUGCAUCAACAUCCCGGGAAAUUACAGGUGCACAUGCUAUGAUGGCUUCCGCUUGGCACAUGAUGGGCACAAUUGUCUCGAUGUGGAUGAGUGCUCAGAAGGCAACGGCGGAUGCCAGCAGAUCUGUGUCAACAUGAUGGGCAGCUACGAGUGCCGCUGCAGAGAAGGAUUCCUCCUGAGCGACAACCAGCAUACCUGUAUCCAAAGGCCUAAAGUGCAAUCAGAAAACUCAAAGGACAGACCCACUUGCAUGGACAAGAAUCACGGAUGUGCACACAUCUGCCGGGAAACGCAGAAGGGUGGCAUCGCCUGCGAGUGUCGGCCUGGAUUCCAGCUCACGCGCAACAUGAAGGAGUGCAAAUUGACAUGUAACUACGGUAACGGGGGUUGCCAGCACAUCUGCGAGGAGACGGACCACGUCCCCAAGUGUUCGUGCCACAUGAAGUUUGUCCUGCACAGCGAUGGAAAGACUUGUGUAGGGGAGAGGAGUGUCCAGUCCCAGGCAGCCCAACUGCUGUUCCCCAAUGAGACCUGUGCAGUGAACAACGGCGGCUGCGACAGCACAUGCCACGAUUCAGUGACGGGGGUCCGCUGCAGCUGCCCCGUCGGCUUCAAUCUGCAGCCGGACCGCAAGACCUGCAAAGACAUCGACGAGUGCCGUCUGAACAACGGGGGGUGUGACCACGUGUGCCGAAACACGGUGGGCAGCUUCGAGUGCAGCUGCAAGAAAGGCUACAAGCUGCUGACCAAUGAGAGGACAUGUCAAGACAUCGACGAGUGCUCUUUUGAUCGCACCUGUGACCACCUCUGCAUCAACUCCGCCGGAAGUUUCCAGUGCCUCUGUCAUAAAGGCUACAUCCUCUACGGCCUGGCGCACUGCGGGGAUAUUGAUGAGUGCAGCAUAAACCACGGAGGUUGUAAAUCCGGCUGCAUCAACUCUCUGGGGAGUUACGAGUGUACCUGUCCACCAGGGUCCAAGCUGCACUGGAACAGGAAGGACUGUGUCGAGUUGAUGAGAUGUCCUCUUGGACUGAUGGCACCAAAGGCCACGCUGACCUGUAGCAAGACGGGCAAGAAAGAGAGCUGCUCUCUUACCUGUGCCUCGAAGGCUCACUAUCUGGCAGAGUCUGAUAACAGCUACUCGGUCAGCUGUGGGGUCCCCAUCUUCAGAGGGAAGUCCCUGUCCAGGCACAACUCCAGCAGCAGUCAGAGCUGCAUAGAGGCGUUGACCCCCCCGGUGAAGCAGACGGCUUCUUUCAAGAUUAAAAACGCCAAAUGUCACCUGCACCCGAAGCUGACCGGCAGGACGGAGGACAGAGGACGGACCCUCGGACCAGGAGGGGGGCAGCCCUGCAGCAACUGCCUGGUGACCUUCGUUAACCUCAAAUGUGACUCCUCUAAGAAAGCCAAAGGGCGGCGUGCCCGCAACCCCUCGAAUAAAGAGGUGACGCGCAUUACUCUGGAGCUGGAAGCUGAGGUCAAACCCGGAGACACGACAGGAAGUUGCAAUCUCAGCUGCCUGAGGCAGCGCAUGGAGAAGCAGGUGAAGACGUACCUCAAGGCGCUGAAGAAGUCCAUCAACCAGGAGCGCUUCCUGAUCCGAGUGGCCGGCUUGGAGUACGAGGUGGCCCAGAAGCUUCCCCAGGCCACGCCCAGUCAGGAGAACUGCGGCCCGGGCUGGGAGAGGGAGAGCGGGCGAUGUGUCAGAUGCUUGUCGGGGUCGUACUACCACGGUGAGCAGGAGCGCUGUGUCCAGUGUCCACCUGGCACUUUCCAGGAGAAGGAGGGGCAGCUGGCCUGUGACCUUUGCCCCGGCAGUGACGGCCACGGGCCUGUCGGGGCACGAAACAUCUCCUCCUGUGCAGGCCAGUGUUCAACGGGCUCCUUCUCCAACGACGGGUUCAAACCCUGCCAGUCGUGCCCUAAUGGUUCCUACCAACCGGAUUUGGGGCGGACCCUGUGCUUCCCGUGUGGCGGAGGACUGGGCACCAAGCGGGAAGGUGCCAGCUCCUUCCACGAUUGCGAAGUCAAAGUUCAGUGUUCUCCAGGUCAUUACUACAACACCACAGUCCACCGGUGUAUCCGCUGCCCAGUGGGGACGUAUCAGACAGAGUUCAGGCAGAACUACUGUAUCUCCUGCCCCGGGAACACCACCACUGAUUUCGAUGGUGCCACAAGUGUCUCGCAGUGCAAGAACAGGAUGUGCGGCGGCGAGAUGGGCGAGUUCAUGGGUUACAUCGAGUCGCCCAACUAUCCCGGGAAUUACCCGGCGAAUGUCGAGUGCAUCUGGAACAUCAACCCGCCCAGCAAGCGCAAAAUCCUAAUUGUGGUGCCGGAGAUCUUCCUGCCCUCGGAGGACGAGUGCGGAGAUGUGCUGGUGAUGAGGAAGAACUGGUCGGCCACGUCCAUCACCACCUACGAGACGUGCCAGACGUACGAGCGGCCCAUCGCCUUCACCGCUCGCUCCAGGCGCCUCUGGAUCAACUUCAAGUCCAACGAAGCGAACAGCGCCAGAGGCUUCCAGAUCCCCUACGUUACUUACGAUGAGGACUAUGAACAGCUGGUAGAGGACAUAGUGCGAGAUGGAAGACUCUACGCCUCGGAAAAUCACCAAGAGAUCCUCAAGGAUAAAAAACUGAUUAAGACUCUUUUUGACGUGCUGGCUCACCCAAACAACUACUUCAAGUACACCACUCGGGAGUCCAACGAGAUGCUCCCUCGCUCCUUCAUCCGCCUCAUCAGCAGCAAAGUGUCCGCGUUCCUGCGGCCAUACAAGUAAAACCCGCUGACCGCCCCCCCCCCCCCCCCCCCUACAGGCCGUCCCACAACUCUCACAGGACUCGCAACUCAAACAUGCUAGUGUGUUUCCCCGUCUCUUAUUCCCCAUAGGCUUUGACAAUAAACACUAUGCAGACCUGAGAAACGACGGCAUUUUUUUUAUUUUUUAGUUUAUUUUGGUGCCGAUUCAGCGCAGGUCUGCAAUCCCAAACUCAAGCAUUUAAUGGGCGUGUAGUGGGGUCGGUUUCUGUUGUGCAAUGAAACCACGCAAACAAAAAUCAAUAGAAACGCCCGUUUCAGACCGUAGGAGUGACGUCGCGUGUGCGGUUCGAGCUCCAUAGAGCUAGUUAUCGUGUUUGCUUCAAUGAGCUCCUACCAUUAAGGAUGAGUGUGCGUGUUGUGUACGUGUUGUGUAACCCGAGGCCCAUCUUCAGCGGCCGCAUGCCGUCCUACAUUUGAGCUCUUAGAGCGGUUCCAAGGGUUUUACUGUUAAAACAGUUUGUGUUUCGUUCCGGCGUUUUCCAACCUUCAGAUCACUUCUGUUGCCCUUUUGUUGUUGUUUUUAAGCCAAUUUAAAGCAAAUACGAAAUAGGUGGGUUCAUCAUGACAGGAACAUAGUGGACAUUUCGGGAGAUUAAUAACAAACUAAUAAUUGAGAGCCACAGACGUGAGACAAUGCGACGCCUGGUGGAACACGUCUCAGAGAGAGAAAUGUCUUCAAGGGACAUGUUUGCUGCUUCUUUUAAAAAGGUCACUUUAAUUCUUCAAUCUCAUAUCGUCUUUCUGAUGUACUCGACGCACCGAUAGUCUCUAGUUGAAACUAAGGAAGCUCCAUGCAUGAAAUACUUAGUUCUUACACACAGUAAGUCCAUCUUGUCACAUUGCCAGUUUUAUUGUGUUUUUAUUUCAUUCUUGUAAAUAAUGAAAAAUGUAACUAGACGAGGGUUGAAUUCUUUAACCAUAAAUUUUGUACGCAGGACCCCACCGCCCCCCCAAUUGCUUUCUGCCCGUCAUGUCCCACCCCUCAAGUCCAAAGACACCCAGUGCUCCCGUCUAACACCCCCACUUCUUUUUUUUCCGUUCUGUCCCAAUGAAGACAGCUCUUCCAAAGACCGUCCCCCAAAAAAAGGACAGGUCACUUUGUCUUGUGCACUAAAUUUAGAGCCCGUCAUCCGACAUUUAUAAGUGCAACGAGUGAAAACAUCUUCAUUUUGGUCACGCCCCGUUGGUGACCCACAACAGAGCUCGUGGAAUGGGAUUUAUGGGCCGCAUUCUUUGUAUUAAAUAUGUAUCGGUCACUGGGCAGAAGAUGUUUAGGUUGGAACGUGUAACUGCUCUUAAGAGAAAUUUAAAAAAACGUUUAAAAAAUGUAACGUCUGUCAAAUGUAGUAAAAACUGAAUAUUUGGUGUGUAAAAAAAAAAAAAGAGAACUGAAAACGACCACGACAGGGUAAAAUUAUUUUACAAAUCUAACGCUAUGCUCCAUGUUAGGAUAUUGCCAAUUAGAUAAAAGGAAUCGCUAAUCGCGGGGGGGGGGGGGGUCAUAUGCGCCGCUCGUUGGAUCAGAGGCUCCACAAGGACGCUCGGCAAGAAAGGGAACACGUGCUCCUCUAUAUGUCGAGACUGUUCCUUAGUCCCAUUAUUCCUAAAUCCUUCGCGCCGCCGCUUGUCAAAUUUGGUCCAGAUGGCUGCGUGGCGAUUAGAAUAAUGCCAACACUGCGUCAACGCUUCGGGGGGGGGGCCACUUGUGUAAAUAUAAAUAAGUGGUACAGGAUAUGACGUGUACCUUAUCAGACUCUAUUAAAGUAGGCUACCCACAUUUUAGGAUGACUAAAGGGAUUUUGGCCACAUUGUCAAACCGGGGCGAUGGUGGGCGGAGCCACGAAGAAAACUCACGUCAGGUCGAUAUGUCCGUACCUGCCCCCCCCCCCCCCGAAUCAGCUUCUUUCCUGCAACCCGAUAAGUUUCUUUUUCCCCUUUUAAUUUGUUGCCUUUUAACGAGAGUUUGCUAUGAUGCAUCAUAGAGUUGAUAAUGAUAUUUGCACUUGAAUUGUUAUUGCUCAUGUAAAGAAAUGUCUGGAUUUUGUAUUUGUCUUUUUAAAUGAAUGGAGUUGGUGUUCUUAUUUUCUUGUAGCUUGUUUGUUCAUGAAAUGCUCACUCACCGUUUAGUCUAUAGAGAUGAGACAUAACAUUAUCAACUGUUUAAAAAAAAAAAAAAAAAACUAUGUACAGAGGUGAAUGAAACCGGUUUGUACUUGUUACUGCCCAGGACACUUAUUGAAAUAAACAUACUGUACUUCA